GUGGUGGUGGUAUAGUGGUGGUGCUGAAACUGAAAGAGAAAGAAUAUAAUAAUCAGUGUGCAUCAGCAGCAGUGUGUUGGCCCACCGGCCACAGAAAGCAUCAAUUUAUUACGCUAGUUUGAUUGUUGUUGAUGUUGUUGUUGUUCUUCCUCUUCUUUUUCUUAUUCUUCUUGUUGCUGUUAUUAAGAUCGUAUUGUAAAUUGUUGUUGCUCUUAGAAGCGAUUCCGUAAAUAUAUAUAUAUACAUACAUGACAUGUAUAUGUUGAUAGAAGUGGAGCUGAGUGAGUAACCUUGAACCUGCGUGCAUGACCCGGAAUACAAGGAUACUUAAAUAUUUAUUAUACAUGGGAUUAUUACUAUCAUUGUUGUAAAUAUCUAAUUGUUUAAUGGAACCAUGUUUCCCUAUACUACAUUUCCGGCUGUUGGCGCUGGCAUGGAGGCUGCAAAUGGUGCGAUAGAUCAUGAUUUUCAUAAUACUUUAGUACCAAUAAAUGGGAGUCAUUCUGGUAGUUCUGGUAGAAGUACACCCAAUAGUGGAGAUCCAGCACCAGGUAAAUUAUUUGUCGGUGGACUUUCAUGGCAAACGAGUAGUGAAAAACUUCGAGAGUAUUUUGGAAUGUUUGGUACUGUCACAGAUGUAUUAAUAAUGAAGGAUCCCGUGACUCAGCGAAGUCGUGGAUUUGGAUUUAUAACGUUUGCUGAACCUGGAAGUGUAGAUAAAGUAUUAAAAUGCCCAAUUCAUACUUUAGAUGGUAAAAAAAUAGAUCCAAAACAUGCAACUCCUAAAAAUCGAGCUAAACAAGCAAAUCGAACUAAAAAAAUAUUUGUUGGUGGUGUAAGUCAAGAUACAAGUAGUGAUGAAGUUAAAGCUUAUUUUAAUCAAUUUGGUAAAGUUGAAGAAACGGUUAUGUUGAUGGAUCAACAAACAAAACGACAUCGUGGAUUUGGAUUUGUAACAUUUGAAAAUGAAGAUGUUGUUGAUCGUGUAUGUGAAAUUCAUUUUCAUACAAUUAAAAAUAAAAAAGUUGAAUGUAAAAAGGCACAACCUAAAGAAGCUGUACAACAAAGUGCAUUGGCGUUGGGUAAAAGAGUUGUAUUGGGUGCAUUGGGUGUACGUUUAGCACCACAGCCACAACUUCAAGUAGCAACAGCAUCACAAAUUGUUGCAGCACAAGCACAGGCUCAAGUACAGGCGGCAGCUGCCGCAGCAGCAGCAGCAGCUCAAGUACAAAAUGCUGUUGCUGGUUAUGGUAAAUUAUUUGCAAGUAGUUAUCCAGCAUUAUCGGCUUAUCGAUACGCACCAUAUCCAAUUCCUGCAGCAGCUGUUGCUGCACCACCCCAACCUCCAGCACCACCACAAGCUGGAGCAACAGCCCCACAACAAACUGCUGCCGCUCCUGGAAAUCCAUAUCAAGGAUAUUCACUUACAAAUGUUGACAUGUCAAGUUUUCAAGGCGUUGAUUGGGGAUCUAUGUAUGGUAUGGGUAUGUACGUCUAAAUACAACAACAACAACAACAACAACAACAACAACAACAAAAACAAAAACAACAACAAGUUUCGGGGCGAUUACAAAAACCAGUCAUUGAUAUCAAGUCAUCAUCAUCAACUUGGUUGUCGUCAAUCAUCUCAGAUCAACAAAAUACUGACACACACCACUGGAUUUAACUAAAGCUGCAAGUCUGAUUUUUAGUUUCUUUUUCUUUUUCUUUUUCUUUUUCAUUUUAAAUUAACUUAUUAUUUAUAAAUUUAUUUUUUUAUUAUUUGAAAAUUUAUUAUUCUGGUCUGAGUCACAAUUUUUAUUUAUUUAUUAUUAUUAUUAUUAUAAAUAUUUUUCUUUUUAAAUUUGGCGAUACUUACGGUUAAUUUUACGAUUCGAUAUCUAGUUUAAAAAACGAAUUAACUUUUUUUUUUUCGUCUAUAUUUAUAAAUAUUUAUUAUUUAAUAUUAAAACAUAAAAGUGAGAUAUUCAAGUAAUAAUAAUUAAUGCUGAAAUUAAUAAUGAAUCUCAGUAUGAUAAUAAUAAUAAUAAUAUAGUAAGCUUUCUUGAGCAAAAAAAGUUGUUUCAAGUGGCAAAAGCAAUACUCUUUGAUGACUUCCUUUAACCAGUCGUGAUUUUUUUUCCGUAGGAAGUUAAAUAAAAAGAAUAAAAGGGAGUGAUAAAGUGAAUUAUAAAAUAAAAAAAAAAAAAAAAAAAAGUAGUAAUAAUAAUAAUAACAAACAAAUAAUGAAUGGAGUAGUAAGGACUGUCAAUAUCUACGUAAUAAGUAAUAAUAACAAUAAUAAUAUACGUAUAUAAGUAAGGCUAUUGUUGUUAUUAUUAUUAAUUUUUUUUUUUCGAAAUAAUACAAGACAAUAUUUUUCAGCUCUCCAUCGUGUAUAAGCAUUUUUAAACAGUUAAUAAAUAAUAAUAAUAAUUUAAAUCUUGUACGCGAUAAAUUGAAAAAAAAAAAUAAAUAAAUACACUCGUAAGGUAUUAAAAGAAAAUAAAUAAAAAGUGGGCGGCGGGUCGCGCGCUGAUCAAUUUAAUGAAUUGAUAGAAACUAAGAAUACUCGAUAAUUACUUAAGCGAUAAUAGAUAAUAAUAAUAAUAAUAAUAAUAAUAUUAAUAUUAUUACGGUAAGACAAGAUAUACACAUUUGAGAAUAGCUCAUGUUGUUUUUAUAAAACUGCUGACAAUUAAACCUGCGUCUAUUUAUUUGCUUUAUAUUUUAUUUUUAUUUCCUCAAUGAAGAAAAUAAAAUAGCCGCAGGUAUUGUUUACUAAUCGAAUGUAACAAAUUUUGAGCAAUAAGUUAAUUCAACUAUUUAGUUAUUAUUAUUAUUAUUAUUAUUAUUAUUAUUAUUAAUAUUAUUAUUAUUUUUAAUUAAUAAUUACUGUAAUACUACUAUAGUUAUGGUAGAUAAUUAAUGAAAAUAAUUUAAUUUAUAUGAAAAAAAAAACAAAAAAAAAAUACGAUGAAAAAUAAUUAUAAAUAAUAAGAUUUCAUUUUUCCAAAACAAUAAGUAAUAUCUUUAUAGUGAUAUAUUAAUUAGCAAGAAAUAAAAAAAUAAAUAAUAAUUAGUUAUUAAAUAAAUAAAAAUAAAAACGUGCGAGUGAUAGAUAUGAAGAGAAGAAAAAAAUCUUAAGAUAAAAGUAAUAUAAUUAAUGAAUUAAUUAUUUAUAAGAAUUACAAUAACAUUAUUGUUACUCGCGACUUUUCGAGUAUUAUUAAUUUAUAACAAUAACAAUUAUAAUUUUACGUAUGUAUAUAUAUACAUACAUAUAAAUUAUUCUUAAAAAUUAUCAGUAAAGGAAACGUACUUACGGUCUUUCAAUAAUUGUGUCAGACCAAGCAUGAGUGAGAAUUUAUUAAAAAAAAAAUUGGUAUGUCAGGAUGAUAAAAAAAAUGAAAACCAAUCAACAAGUUUGUAAGCAUGAGUGUGUUGAUUAACGUACUGUGUGAUCAUCAGAUCGUAUUAGACUUAAAAAUUUUAAGGAUUGAAAACAGAUGAUUGUACUUAA